AUGUAAGAAUAAAUAAUAUAAACUGUGUUAAAUUAAUUAUAAAAGCAUAAUUAUAAUAAUAAUUAUCUGACGUAUUCAAUUCAUAGUGCAUACUAAAAAUACAAUUUUUCUAUUAAUAUAAUAUUUUGUUACCUUCUAUUAUCUAAUCUUACAAUAUCUCACACUACCACUGAUUUUGUUUAAGAUAUAGACAGUUUAUAUUUUUUUCAUUUUAUUCCAAUCAACUGCAAUUAUCUUGCUUAUUCAACAAUUGGAAUUAAUCAAGUCUAAUUCUAAACUUUUUUUUCUUUCCAUUUAAUUAAAACAAUAAAUAAAUAAAUUUCAUUAAACAGACUUAACUUUUUAUUGAAUUAAUUUUUUGUUUUUUAAUCAAUCAGUUUGCAACAGAGCAAAUAUAAAUUUUGUAAAGAAAGCAAGAAGCAAAGCAGAUCUAAGUCAACCAAAUCUUACUUUUAUUGCUUAAGAUUCACAAAUAAAACAAGCACAUUUACAGUUUAUGUUAUAGCUAUUUGCAGGAGGUAUUAUCCUGCAAUAGUAGUGAAAGAAUAUGGCCGAGUCACUCUUUAUUUAAAAAAUCAAUGA